UAUCCCUUCUUUCCAACUCCGAGACAAAAAGAAGAUAAGGAGGCCCACCCGGCAGUGAUUGUAGUCUGCACCCGCAAUCCCAACGGCCAUGGCGUUCGCCGGCGUCCUCCGCGCCGGCGUCCUCGCGGUGCCCCCUCCGCUACCCGCCUCCUCGCCGCCGCCAUUCUUCGCCACUUCGGCCUAUGCCCGUGUACCUCGCCCCACGGCGGCAGCACGGGCCGUACGAUACCGGCGACGGGGCCGGCCGAGCCGCGCUGCCGCGGCGAUCACCGCGUCGCUCGACCUCACCGAGGACAACGUCCGGCUAGCCCUAGAAGAAGCCAAAUCCGAGCUGGGGCAGCUGUUCGACACGUCGGUGGGCAUCACAGGGCAAGUUGAUCUCGCGGAGUUGGACGGGCCGUUCGUGAAGCUCCGGCUCAAGGGCAAGUUCUGGCACACCCGCGCCACCGUGGUCGCGAGGAUCGGCAACUACCUCAAGAACCGCAUCCCGGAAAUCUUGGAGGUGGAGAUAGAGGAUGAGAAGCAAUUGGAUGACAGCCCCGCUGCUUUCUGAGCAAAUGUUUUCCCAUUGUCUUGAGCACAAAAAAGCCCUGCAUUGGGAAUCUCGGUUGCCACUUCGCCUCUCACGGUUCAGCAUUCUUGUCAUAUAUCCAGGCAUCAGGAUUCAGGCGAGGGGGGCUACUUGAAGAGUGAAUAAUUACAACUCCUAGAUACUUUCUAUCUGAGCUAUCCUCUACUUAAGGCACAGUUCGUUCUGGCACGUUUAGUUCCUGGUUUGCAUAGAGACCAAUGGGACAGCAGCUUUGGGCCUUGUUUAGUUGGGGAAUUUGGGAGGUGCCAAAUUACUGUUACAGCACUGUAGCACACUGUAGCGUUUCGUUUGUAUUUGUGAAUUAUUGUCCAAAUAUUGACUAAUUAG